AUGUCGGCCGUGCGCUACGCGCUGCGCAACGGCGUCGCCGUGCUGCACGUCACGUCGCCGCCGGUCAACGCGCUCGGCGCCGCCGUGCGCGCGGGCCUCGUGUCGUCCAUGGAGCGCGCGCUCGCCGACUCGGCGACGGGGCUCGUCGUCGUCGGCGACGGCCUGACGUUCCCCGCGGGCGCGGACAUCACGGAGUUCGGCAAGCCGCCAAUGGAGCCGAGCUUCGGCGAGGUCAUGCGCGCCUUCGAGGACGCGGAUAUCCCGACGGCCGCGGCGAUCCACGGCACGGCGCUCGGCGGCGGCUUCGAGCUCGCCAUGUCGUGCCACUACCGCGUCAUGGCGAGCUGCGCGCGGGUCGGUUUGCCGGAGGUGCACCUCGGCAUCCUGCCCGGCGCGGGCGGCACGCAGCGCCUGCCGCGGCUCGUCGGCGCGGACGCGGCGGCGGAGAUCAUGGUCACCGGCCGCCAGGUGUCGGCCAAGGAGGCGCUCGCGCUCGGCGCCGUCGACGCCGUCGUCGCCAAGGCGGAUUUGGAAGCCGAGGCCGUCAAGGUCGUCGAGGCGUCGCCGGUCCGCCGCACGAAGGCCGUGCUCGUCGACGGCUUCAAAGACGCGGACUCCAUCGCGAAACUGAAGGCGCGGGCGACGCUCAACGCGCCGAAAUCCAUCAUCCAAUGCGUCGAAGCCGCCGUGUGCAACGAUAUGCAGGACGGCCUCGCCUUCGAGGAGGCGCGCUUCCGCGAGCUCCAGGGGUCGACGCAGGCCAACGCGCUGCAGCAUCUCUUCUUCGCGGAACGCGCGUGUUCCAAGGUGCCCGGCGUGUCGCCCGAGGACGCCGUCGACGUCCAGGCCGCGGGCGUCGUCGGCGGCGGCACCAUGGGCCGCGGCAUCGCCAUGUGCUUCGUCGACAACGGCCUGCCGGUGACGAUCCUCGAGACGUCGGCCGACGCGGCCGCCGCGGCGAUAUCGGGCGUCGAGGAGACGUACCGCCGAUCGUCGGCCUUCAAGCGGGGGCGGCUCACGGAGGAGGCCCUCACGGCGAAGCUCAACCUCCUGUCGUCGGCGUCCGACGUCGACGCCUUAAAGGACUGCGACCUCGUCGUCGAGGCCGUCUUCGAGGACAUGGCCGUGAAACGAUCGAUCUUCGCGGAUUUGGACCGCGUCACGAAGCCGUCCUGCGUCCUCGCGAGCAACACGUCGACGCUGUCCAUCGACGGCAUCGCCGGCGCCGUCGCGGACCCGGCGCGCGUCGUCGGCAUGCACUUCUUCAGCCCGGCGAACGUCAUGCGGCUUUUGGAGAACGUCCGCGGCGCGCGCACGGGCCCCGCGGCCGUCGCGACGGCCAUGGCCAUGGGCAAGAGGCUCAGGAAGACGACGGUGCUCGCGGGCGACGACUUCGGGUUCAUCGGGAACCGCAUGCUCGAGCCCUACGGCCGCGAGUGCCUCGCGCUGCUCCGCCACGCGAACUGCGGGCCCGAGCUCGUCGACGCGGCGCUCCUCGAGUACGGCAUGGCCAUGGGCUUCUUCCAGAUGUCCGACCUGGCGGGCAACGACAUCGGCUACGCCGUGCGGACGUCGCUCGGGCUCACGGACGCGGCCUCGCGCGACCCGGCCGUCGAGUACUCGGCGGACGUCGCCGACGCGCUGGCCCGGGCGGGCCGCUUCGGCCAGAAGGUGGGCAGGGGCUGGUACGCCUACGAGACGCCGCGCGUGCCGUCGUCGGACCCGGCCGUCGCGGAGCUCAUCGCGGGCUUCAAGGACGCGAGCCUCGCGCCGGACGUGACCCACGGGGACGUCGUCGACCGCGCGCUCCUCGCGCUGGCCAACGAGGGCUUCCGGGUCCUCGAGGAGGGCCUCGCGCUGCGGCCGUCGGACAUCGACGUCGUCUGGACGUCGGGCUACGGCUUCCCCCGGCACCGCGGCGGGCCCAUGCAGUGGGCCGCGGACGACGUCGGCCUCGCCGAGGUCAAGGCGACGCUCGACGCGCUCCACGCGGCCCGGCCCGACGUGCCCUACCUCAAGCCCGCGAGGCUCCUCGCGGACAUGGCCGACGCGGGCGCGAAGCUGGGGGACUGGGAGAAGUUCCUCUGA